GAAGUAAAAUAUUCUCAUCUCUUUCUCCAUUUGUUAGUUUUGCUUGUUCCAGCAAUUACCAAAAGUACACACAUCAAACCUCAACUCUACAACUACUGAUUCCCACUUCCUAGUUAUCAGUAGCUAAUCAUUUGAGGUUUCUUGUUGUUCACUAUUCGCCGGCGUUGCGGCCGCCGCCUCCCUCCAUCAAUCGUCAAUCGGCGAUUUGCUUCAGCGCUUCAGUUGUGGAAUCUCUUUGGUGAUGGCAGACCUCAAAGAGCGUCUGCUCCCACCAAAACCUUCAUCAGCUGUAAAUCUCAGAGACUCUUCAUACAGGGCGUCUGCCUCUGGUCGUCUCCCAUUUCAGGGAGUAGAUGUUUCAGGCCUGAAAAAGCGUGGGCAAGGGCUUCGAUCAUGGAUACGUGUUGAUGUAUCUGGGAAUUCCCAAGUGAUUGAGGUUGACAAGUUCACAAUGAUGCGUCGUUGUGAUCUUCCUGCACGUGAUCUAAGAUUAUUAGACCCAUUAUUUGUUUACCCCUCGACUAUUCUUGGAAGAGAGAAGGCAAUUGUGGUAAAUCUUGAGCAAAUCAGAUGCAUCAUCACUGCAGAUGAGGUUUUGCUCUUAAACUCCCUUGACAGCUAUGUACUGCAGUACGUAGUGGAGCUGCAGAGGCGAUUACAAGCUCCUGGAGUAGGUGAAGUUUGGCAGUCUGAAGGUCCAGAACUAAACAGAAGGAGAGGAAGUAGAAAUUUUGACAAUAUGUACGGAAACACAUCUCCUGAUUACUUGCCAUUUGAGUUCAGAGCACUAGAAGUUGCUUUGGAGGCUGCCUGUACCUUUCUGGAUUCUCAGGCAGCAGAAUUAGAGAUCGAAGCAUAUCCACUGUUGGAUGAACUUACUUCAAAGAUCAGUACACUGAAUUUGGAACGAGUUCGGAGAUUAAAAAGCAGACUUGUCGCAUUGACUCGGAGAGUCCAGAAGGUCAGGGAUGAGAUAGAGCAGCUUAUGGAUGAUGAUGGAGACAUGGCUGAAAUGUAUCUUACUGAGAAGAAGAGACGCAUGGAAUCAUUGUUUUAUGGUGAACAAUCUUUGAUGGGAUAUCGGUCAAAUGAUGGUGCAUGGUCUGUCUCAGCGCCUGUUUCUCCUGUUUCUUCACCCCCUGACUGCAGGAAGCUUGAGAAAUGCCUGAGCAUAGCAAGAAGCAGACAUGAGAGUGUGAGAAGCUCAGAGACUGCCACAAAUAAUAUAGAAGAGCUAGAAAUGUUGCUGGAGGCCUACUUUGUUGUCAUUGAUAGCACCCUCAACAAAUUGACUUCGCUGAAGGAGUAUAUUGAUGAUACAGAAGACUUCAUCAACAUUCAGCUGGAUAACGUCCGAAACCAGCUUAUACAGUUUGAGCUGCUGCUGACCACUGCAACAUUUGUUGUCGCCAUAUUUGGAGUUGUAGCAGGGAUAUUUGGCAUGAAUUUUGCAGUACCAAUGUUCGAUGACCCAGGUGCAUUCAAGUGGGUCCUGAUAAUCACAGGAGUUUGUGGAGCCAUCAUAUUUUGCUCAUUUUUGUGGUUUUUUAAGUAUAGAAGACUGAUGCCGCUGUAGAAGGAUAAAACUGGCAGGCUUUGAGGCCAAAAAAGGUCUUGAUAUUGUUGCUACAAUAUAAUUUUUUGAAUGUCAACCUCGUUAGGAUGAAUAGGAGACUAAACUACUAUAACUCUUUUAUUCUUGUUUUCUUGUUCAAAGAUAAUAAUAGAAGUUUCUGUACCAGUUGCCCCAUUUGCAACUGAAUACCGGUGGCCAGAUUUGACCACAUACUUUUGUUGUUUCAAACUCUGCUUCACUGCAUGGAUCAGAAUAUGCCUUCUGAUAAAUUAGUUUA